GCAGAAGCGGCAGAGUAAUUUGUUGAUAUCCUGCUUGGUAGUAUUCAUUUAGACAUUGGUAUUUUAAAAGCCAGAUCCACCCUCAGUGUGGGGGUUUUAUUUGCAUUUGGGUAGCGCAAUUAACGUAAUGUUAUCUAUAUGAAGGGCUAAUGGAAGACACACGGGAUUUGGUGAGUGAAUUAUUCCGAUUACUGAGGAUUUGCUGAGGCUAGCGCUCCUCCUUUGUUGUUAUCUAUGAUAGCUAGCCAGAGGGUCAGCUUGCAACAAAUAUUACACAGCUUUUCCUACAAAAAAAACAGUACUUCAUUUAAAAUUACACCCCUGUAUUUAACCUGCAUAUUUGUGAAUGCUAGUUUGUUGAGCAGCUGGAAAAAGUAAGAAGUUUACGUGCAUCCAAACUGGAAAAACAGGUUUCCGCUAGCUAAUGUGGCUAAUGCUAGGUAGCAUCAGAGGCUUUAUCAAAUAAGGCCGCCUCCUUUUUUGCGCAUAUUUACGCCUCAUUUUUAACAAAAUGACAUCUUAUGUUAAUAUCAGUUUAUCCCUAUGGUGUGAUAAUUUUUUGCACCAGUGUGACUGACAAAAUGAUGAAUGUUAGCGUAGACCGUGAGCAUGUCACUGUAGUACUGAGAGGAGGAAGUAAACAGGCAGUGUAAAUACUACUGUAAAUAUUGAAAUCCUGGUGAUAUGAAAUAAGAAAAAUGCUCUGAAUUUACAAUAAAGAAGACGGUUAAAUCUAACUACAUUUGCUUUAAGCAAUUUGUAGUUAGUUUAAUUUAACAGGUGGUAUAUUUUAAACGUUGCGCCUCCUACCAACUCCAGUUCAUUCACAAAUUUGACUGUUUUCUCCACCUCACUGAAAACUCUUACUGUGAAUGCUUGUUUUUAUGACAAACUGCCAUUAUUAAAAGUAGUUUUAUUCCAUGAUUAUUCACAGUAGCUUUGCCUUUACUUGACUUUGUUCUCUAAAUUCUUGCAUACAUACUAUUACACCACAUUCAUAUGGAGCACACCCCCUUUUGCUGUCUUGUUUGCCUCAUCUUUGCUUUCUGGUUUGUUCUUGAUUUUUGCUGAUAUCUGAAAUGAUGAUAUUUUCAAACUCAGUUGACUUUUGCUGAAACUUAUCCAAGUUAGGGCUGGGAGAUAUGGACCAAAAGUCAUAUGAGUACAGCAUCAACAUUAUGACAACAAUAAAUGGCCCUGCAACUUUAAGGGACAUUCAGUUUGUUCACAUUGGUGCCCCUUGUAGACAAAGUUUCAUCCUGUAUUUCUGAAAGUUGUGUGUUUUUACAACAACAUCUAUCACCCUGCACUGUGAGAGUAAAAACUCAAGAUAGGCUGAUAUUUUAGUCUGCUGUAAGUAUGUUGAUGUGACACCUACCCUCUCUGAGUUUUCAAGUCCUGAAAACUACAAGAGCGAAAUAAUCAGACUUGUUGCUUUUGAAGGUCACUCAGAGGCAUCAGUAUCAGUUUCACUUUGUUCCUCAACUAUUUAAAAACUCGUCACAGUUCCUUUAAAUUCCUGCACCAUUUGGUUGUCACUGCAAGGGGUAGACCAGUCAUCAGCCUUGACUGAUUAUCAGGGCUGGUAUUUGCCACUUGGCAAAUCAUCUGUAUUGAGAUAGCUGAUAAGAUUGAUUGAUUUGCUACUUUUGCUGUGCUGCUAGUGUGUCUUUUUCUGCUGGAUCUGGUUUUCUUGCACCACUCUGUCUCACCAAAUGUCCCGCCCAGAACGCUAUCUGUCUGACAAGCUGUCACACGACAGCGUUAUGUAAUUUUGCUGUAAGUAAAACUCGUGAAUUGUGAACUUCUGCAGGUGGAACCUUGUGUAAGGCACUGCAGCAAAGUUUGUGCUGGAUUUUGUAAUGCUUCUAAUUUUAAACUCUGGCACAAAGUUUAUCAUUUUUACUUUUCGUACAUGUCUGUUCCAAGUAUUGGUUGUCUGUCUCAUGUACCAAUAACAGGUAUCAGUAUAGGCCCUAACAACCACUAUCAGUAGACCUGUAGUCACUGCUUUGUUUAUAACUUUUCAGGUACUUCUGGUAGUGCUUAGGAUGGGGAUUCUUGAGAUGUGCAAUUAAAUUUGUCGCGUUAAAGAAGUGUCGUUUUGCUCCUCCUAUCACCUUUGCUUUAAGAGCAUUUGCAAACUAUAAAGUACUUUACUGUCCGUUUAUGACACUUUAUGAUACUUCCUUAUAGCCAACAUUUUUUAGCUGUUUGCUGGCAUGUACAGGCAGAAGAAGGGGAAGUGCUACCUCAUCUGCUGUAAAUAUCAGCAGGUAUUCCAAAGUCCAUGCCAGGAAUGCUGUUAAAUUGUUAUUGAUUAAAUACACUAUUCCUAGCAUCUGUGAAGGUUGGAACAAGAUCUUGUUCAGUUUUGUCCCAUGUGUGUAGAUGAGUGAUGAUAAAGUUAACUUGUCUUGUCAGCUUUUAGAGCAGAUUACUCUUUAAGGAGACUGCAAAAAAUCAUCUGGGCAAAGAUUUUGAAGUUGUUACAAAUUACCUUUCUAUCACUCAGAAUUAUACAAUGAAUUCAUAUACAGGUACAGAGAUGAAAUUGUUAUUUUUUUAACUAUAGGGGUGUUCAGAAGUUCUGGAUAUUUGAUACCUAAUAUGCUGGCCACAGGAACAACAACUUCCCAGUAUAGUGAUUUUGUAAUGUGUUAGAUAUAUUGGGAGAUAACCCCAUUAGUUUUUUUCUCUUUAACCAUCUCCAUGAGUGGAUCUGCUGGGGGGUCACUCUUACUUGUUGAGGGUCCAUUUAGACUCAUUUUAGACUGUGCUUUCUUGCUCUUGUGGUGUGAUAUUGUUCCAAGUCAUAGAAAAGGUUUGUGGUGUUGCUGGCAUGGCUUCUGAACAGCUUGCAGUGCACAGUGUCCAGAUUUUUGGCGGACUGUAAAUGAGAGUUGUUCCAAUUCCAUUACCAGUGUUGGAAAUUGCUCCAAAACUGCCAGAAGUGCUGGCAUCGGUAUUGGCAAGUACUAGAAUCACAGCACCAAUCCGAUACCACGUAAUUUAUUAAAUUAGCAGUUUAUUUACUGGUUAGCUUUGUUUUUAUACUGUUCUAUUUGAAAAUAAAUGGCUUGAAUUUGUUGUAUUUAUUCGUGUUUUACAAAGGGUUAUGAUAAUCAUAUCACAGUCUUGCAGGCCUGGUAUGAUAAAAUUUUUUAUAACAUACUAGUAUUGGAUCGGUACUCGGUAUCGGCCAAUACCAGCACAAGUAUCGGUAUCGGGAGGGAAAAAUUGGUAUCGGAACAUCUCUACUGUAAAUAUCCAAAGAUCUCCAAACUCCUGAAGUCGAUGACCAGCCUGGAGCAGUCCCCACCUAGCCUGGCUGGGCCAUCCUGUUGCGUGAAUCACUUGCCAUUCCUUCCUACAACAGUCUGGACUUCGGCCAAUUGGGAGUGUGUAUUAGAAAUCAGAAAAUAACCGGGCCAAUCAGUGACUGUGUUUCCACUGUUCCCUGGACAACAGGGAAAGGCAGCCCCUGAUUGGUCCAUGUGUAGAUGGUGACGUCUAACACAUGCUGCAGGACUUUUCAAAGCGCCGUUCAUUCAGAACGCCGUUAAUUCUGCAGUUGACUAUGCAAAGUCGGCAGAAAUCGUUUAUAUCCGCAGAAGAAGACGUAAAAGACAUUGCUUACUCGCGCACGUUGAAAUAUUACCAAACCUUUACUUGAUGCUUGAGAGCCCAGCAGGGAACACAGUUGCGCGCUGUGAUGACAUCAGAUGUUUGGUUACGGUAGUCUGUCUAUCAAGGAAAGUACUCCCGCCCACAGUGAAACAUGCACUGAGCUUAUACCAGUAUAACAAAAGUAAGUAGGCAGGAGGAAUGAAAGGGAAACCACAAUGAAAAACCAUUUAGUCUGAAAUAGAGGUGCAUUUUUUUAUAUAACAAUAAACCGAUACACCAGGAAAUUUUGAUGGUUAAUUUGAAAUAGACCUACAUGAUAUGAGAAUAUUAUACAGUGUUUGGCUGUUUUGUUUACUUCUGUAACACAUGCAGUUGAGUAAAUUGUCAAAGCUUUAAGUUUGUGUCAUCCCUGUGUGUUUUUUGCCAUCAAUCAAUUCAAAGGUAGCUGACAACUAAUCAAGCUUUGUCAAAAUUAUGUGAAAAAUGACUAUUAUAACAGACCUCAUUUCAGCAUGCUGUAUAUAACUAUGGUGAAUAAGAAAGAAUUGUUUAGUUACAUUAGUAAUAUACAUUUAUUGCAGGAAAUUCAGACUUUUGGGAUGUGUUUAUUGUGAAUGCUGAUGGUGCAACAACAGUGAAUUAGUGAUACAUUUCAUAAGAUGUCAAAGCCUGCCUCUCAGUCAGUGUAUCCUUAUUUUAAAAAGUUGCAUAAAAUGAGAAAAUUAUAUUUCUCUCUUUGCCCUUUUAAAUUUUGAGAAAGUGACAAACAUUUGGACAUUUUUUUGCAUUUAUUUACUCUGUUUCUAAACAUCAAGCUGAUAGAUUUCUUUUGGAACUGUUGUUGGCUGCUGCCUUUUCAUUCAUUCAUUCAUUGAUAUUCAGAUGAAUUUUUGUCAUUUCCUUGUUUGUAAAGGCUGAACGAACCCCACGUUCAGAGCGUAAGCGGAGAGACUCGUUCGGGAUGUUUGAUGGCUAUGACAGCUGCAGCGAGGAGUCCACCAGCAGCUCCAGCUCAGAGGACAGUGAAGAUGAAGUGGUGCCCUCCAUCCCUGCCAGCCUGCCCAUCAUUAAGAAUAAUGGUCAGGUCUACACUUACCCCGACGGCAAGGCUGGAAUGGGUCAGUAUACGGGGAGAUGAUCAGAACUUGUGCUUUUUGAGAAUAUAACAGCAAAGAAGUCACUAGUUUUCGAUGAUUUUAACAGAGAAUAUUUGUGUAUGUGUGUGUGUGUUGCCAUCUGUCUUUCACAGCCACUUGUGAGAUGUGUGGGAUGGUUGGAGUACGAGAUGCGUUCUACUCAAAAACAAAGCGUUUCUGCAGUGUGUCGUGUUCCAGGAGUUAUUCCUCAAAUUCCAAAAAGGCGAGCAUUUUGGCAAGACUCCAGGUGAGUGCACCACCAUAACCCUGCUGCAACACACAUUUUGCUCUUCAAUCUGUAUUAUCUGACAAAUCUGAUGUGUGCAUGUGUUUUGUUUUUUUUAAGGGCAAACCACCAACAAAAAAGGCGAAAGUCUUACAGAAACAGCCUCUUGUGGCGAAGUUGGCAGCUUAUGCCCAGUAUCAAGCGAGUCAGCAGAACCAGGCCAAAUCAAAAGCAGGUAAGUUCUGUUACAAGAGCAUUAGAGGUGGGGUAGGCAGGAUCUGAGGAAGUGGCAGUUUUGGGGAGAAAUCUUGAAUGUAAACACUACUCCACCCAACCAGUUUUCUACUGCUUGCUCGAUCGCUUCAAUUAAAUUCAGACAUAAUGCAGAUAGAUACUUCAGAUAAGUACAAAUGAAGCCCAGUCAAUGUGAAAGUAAACAGCAUCGGUGCUACUGUAGAUGCCAACAGACUACCAGCAAACACAAUGUUUGCAGGACUUCUACAACGAGGAUAAAGUGACAUAGUCCAGGACCCGAGGAAAACACCUUAGCGGCGCUACAACACGCAGCAGGUCCCGUACCUCCUUUUUAAGCGCCCGUUAUUCCGCCAGAGUCUCCAGUAUUUACUUCAUUUUCUUGCUUGUGUUGGCAGUCAUGGCCAAAGGAGGAUUCCAGAAUUUUCCAUACUUUCUGGUUGGUUUCUACUUUCAGAUAUUGUAGCAUGCUAACUUUUUUUGGGCUCAUACACUUUAUUUGAGGACAUGGAGCGUGCCUCACAACACAAGGGAGCAGCAUCUGCCUCACAACCAAUCAGGUUGGGGGAGGCGGAGAAUGGCUUUGUUUACAGUCAGAAAGAGCGGGCUGCUCAAAAAAUUUGAAAUGUUGACUACACAGACAUAACAAAACACAGCAAUAUCAUGAUAUUACCAAAUGCCACCAAUAACUAAUAGCUAUUGACUGAUACUAAAAUCUUUUUUGUGUAUACACCACAAAAAAAGAUGCUUCUUUAAUGGAUCCCUGCCUACCCCACCUUUUAAUGAUAUUUAAAAUACUGAUGGUGCUCCAUUUUAACCCACUGUGUUGUCUCUGUUAGUGGUCCCUGCAGAGACCUUUGACUGGGGGCAGUAUAUCUGUAGCAAUAAUACAAUCGGAGCUCCAGUCAGCUGCUUCAAACAUGUAAGUACAAACCGGAGAUAAGCCCGUAGCACAGGUUUGUGUUUCCGAGGUCUGAAUCACUUCACAGCUUCCUCUGCUCUGCUCUGCUUCAGGCCCCCAUGGGGAUGUGUUGGGGAGCCAUCGAGGAAGGAGUGAGGAUUGAAGUCCAGAACUCGGACACCAACCUCUCCACGAAAGUGUACUGGAUAGCCGAAAUCAUUAAGCUAGCAGGUAAAACAGAAAGUCAAUGGAAGUAAGUGAAAACGACAGCUUUCCCUUUAAUGUACCUUGGUGUCCUCAUCACUUACAUCUCACUGAGACAUCCCACCUUCAAGAAAGAUGACUUGAUGAUUGUUGUUUCUGUUUAUCAAGAGGAUAUUAAAAUCACUUUGCAUGUUUCUGUGUUUGCAGGGUUUAAGGCUCUCCUGAGGUAUGAGGGCUUUGACGGUGACAACAAUAAAGACUUCUGGUGUAAUCUCUGCAUCCCUGAGGUGCACCCGGUGGGAUGGUGCGCGUCAAGUGGCAAACCCCUAGUACCUCCAAAAAGUAAGCGCCAUCGCAGUACUCAGACUCACAUUGUUUGAUGCAUUUAUUCCGGAAAGUUUUGUGGUAACAGUUGAAACGGUUUCUGUAAUUUCUCCUACAGGCAUACAGCAUAAAUACUCUAACUGGAAAGCCUUUCUCGUGAAGCGUCUCACUGGAGCUAAAACACUGCCGCCUGACUUUGCUGCCAAGGUGACACACGCACAGACUUUGUUAUACAGCUGUCUGUAAUGAAUCAGUAAAUUUCUCAAAGCCUUUAAGUCGUAUUCAUGAACUCUACGUGUCAUUUUUCGCCUCAGGUACAUGAAAACAUGCAGUUUCCCUUUAAGAAGCUGAUGCGGGUGGAGGUGGUGGAUAAGAACUACCUGUGCCGGACACGGGUGGCGCUGGUGGAGCAGGUAAUCGGAGGUCGCCUCAGGCUGGUUUAUGAAGAGAGCCAGGACCAGUCGGAUGACUUCUGGUGCCACAUGUACAGCCCCCUCAUCCACAACAUCGGCUGGUCCAGGAGCAUCGGACACCGCUUCAAACGGUCCGGUGAGUCUGGGAAAUAACCAGAAGUCCAGAUGGUGCCAGUUUCUGAAGUGUGCCAUCAUCCAGUGAAAGAGUAUAAUGAUCAUACAGGUGGCUCUUUCUUCAACAUUUCUGUCGUAGUUGGAAAACAGGAAGUUUGAAGACAACCAGCCUCUCUCAACAGCCAGACAGAUCUCAAGCUUUGACGUAAUUUAGUUAUUUCUGCAAUAACUGGCAUAUUGAAUUUCCCAUGGGUGAUAAAUAAAGUUCUUCUUAUCUUAUGUAAAGUUGCAAUGGAAAUGAAUCCCAAAAGAAUUAGGACAGUCAACAAAUAUUCAACACAUAUAUAUUUGAAUAUUAAAGAGGAGAUAAAGGAGAUUGUAAUGUGAAAAUUAAUAUUUGAAUAUUAAAUAAGCAGUGGGGGAAAAAAAAUGGUAAAAAAAACAAACAAAAAACAGCAGCUGCUUUGCGAGUGAGCGCACCGUAACAACGGGUCAGGGAUAGGUCACAGGAACUGCAGUGAGACUCGACAGAAACCGUCCGUGGCACAUGCGUAGUGAGAUGGCAGGAUGUUUGGGCCCAAACUUGGAGAGAGUGGUCUGGACUCCAACGAACUUUGGAAGCUGCGUUUGGAAAUUCUUCCGAUUUUGGGCAGACAUGGAAUACAGAGAAAAUGCCGAGCGAGAUAAAGUUAGAUGCAAGCUGUGUUAGCUUGAUAUUCUUUUAUGUUCAAACCUUUCUGCUAUUUUUAGAACGAAUAUUCGAACGUCAUUUUGGAGUUAUUUUGACAGCCCUAAAAAGAAUACACAGCCUGCUAAAAUGGUGCUAGAUACAGGGGAAAAUACAGAGGACCUAAAACUGACCCCUGAGGGAUCCCAUACUUAAUAGGAUACAAAGCAGUUCACAACAAUCCAAACAAAGGUUGCUCAGAAUGACAUCGGCGUUACUCGGCUUCCCUUAGAACAGCCUCAUGACUCGGACAUCGUACCUCAAUCACUGCAUGAAGGUUAGGGAUGUCCUGAAGAACUAUUCUCUGCUUAUCUGCAGAGCAAGUAUCAGAUGCAAAUGGCAGAGAAAGACAAGACAUCAUCUCAUUGAUCCCCAAAGGUGACCUUAUAUCAAAUUCAAAGAUGGUCAGAAUCAUGCCUGGGCUCUAACAAAUCAGCAUGAGGUUGCUAGAGUGCCGUUUGCGCAGAGGCUGGAACUCGUUCUGAUUUGUUCGUUUAUUUUUCAGAUGUCGCGAGGAAAGCUGAGGGUCAAGCUGAUGCACCUGCACAGUACUUCCAUAAGGUAAUAGAAAAGUGAAUUUCUACAUUUGUCUUUAAAGUCUUUACAUCAGGAUGUAGUUAUAAAUCACUGUAGACAUAAACGCUGUCUUCCUACUUUGAUAGUCAAGUCAUAGUAGGAAGUGCUGAUUUAUUUUUUACAAUCACACACAGCUUAGCAAAUUAGCAUCUAUUAGGAACUUUGUUUUUUGCUUUUUUUGACGUUUCAAAACCUUUUUUUUUUCCUGAUCAUCUAAAGGGUACGUUUACAUGGUUUCUCUUAAACUGAUGCAAAUAAACACUAGUGAUCCUGCGGUGAAACUUGCCCAUUUAGUACACUGGAUUAUUGGUUUGGGCUUUUGGUCCUUACAGUAGGAGAAUUUCUUGAUGUUUUAGUUCCAAUCUUCUCGUCAGUCUUCCAAUUCGGCUUUUUUUUAAUCCAUGUGCCCAUCAGGUGAAAGACGUGGACCAGAGUGGGGAUUGGUUCAAAGAUGGGAUGAAGUUAGAAGCCAUUGACCCCCUCAAUCUCUCAGCUAUAUGUGUAGCCACUGUAAGAAAGGUAAGACUCCUCAUUACUGUGGUCUGAUGACAAAGAACAGGUCAGGAUAAAAACAGUGAGAUCAUUUUUUUUAUGAUCUCAUGUCCGAUGUUUUUUUUUCCCUCCUGCAGGUGUUGGCAGACGGGUACCUCAUGAUUGGGAUCGACGGCUCGGAGGCAGUGGACGGAUCAGACUGGUUCUGCUACCACAGCACCUCGCCCUCUAUCUUCCCUGUCGGCUUCUGUGAAAUCAACGAAAUUGAACUCACGCCCCCUAGAGGUAACGUUCCCUCAUACUUUUUUCUUUGCGCCUCUGAAGACUGGGAUUGGGCUUCCGCUUCAAUUUGACAUACCACAGAAAAGUGCAGAAUUUAAAAGAAUACCAUUAGCAAAUGCUGUGGUGGCAGUUUUGUUGGUCCCUUAUAAUGCAGUUCAAGAUAAAGUCAAAAGAGGGCAGCAGAAGCUAAACCACAUGCGCAGCUCGAAGCUGAAAUCAAAACAAACAUGCAUGGAUGAGAAACUUUCCACUGCUCUGCUGGCAAAACUAAAGCUGCACCAAAACACUGAAAGUAAUAGAGACAACCGAAAAGCUGUUUUAAAAAUUAAAGAUUAUUUUGCAUGAAUUGAUAUUUAUGAGAGUAACGGAUUAAUUGAAUUUACUUAAAGAAUCCUGAAGGGUCUGAAUUAAAAAGUUAGAAGUUGCAGGAUACUUUAAAUUCAGUUUUUGUUGUUAUUUACAACAAUGACAAACAGCUGUUGUUAAAAAUCAGUCUGAUUCUGAUAUGAAUGAAAUCCCGAGGCUGCAGAUAAUAGUUAUGUGUUAAGCUUCCUUAGCAUUCAUUGAUAUUUCAACCCUUGCAGCACUUUGUGUUGGCUUCACUUGACAUUUCCAUUAGUGGCCUCAAUAGCCUUAUUGUUGCAAAUGCUAAACAUAAAAAUGAAUAAACAUAUUAUGAGAAACAGUGGUUAAUCGAUGUUUAAAUUCAUAGAUAAAGAUGUGCAGGGACUUACUUUUGACUGUACUAAUUUUACCUAAAAUAAAUCAUUUUAAUCAGUUGUUGUUAAUGGCCGCAAUAAUCAGUUUGGAUUCCCUGAUUCAUUUAUUUACAUAAAAUUUAAAAUCAGCACAUUCACUAAAUACCCACUAGAAUGAUGCUGGAUUAAUUUGUGUAAAAUGAAGUGUGACUCUGAUUAGCUUCAAACAGAACUCAUGAUACCGUCUCAACUCCUGGAGCCUUGUCUUUCUCCUCACCACAAGCCAAAGCUCCACCCAGUGUUCAUUAAUGGAAUUGCACACAUAUAUAUAAAAAUCUUCCACUUGCCUCUGUUACAUUUAUGAAUGAAAUACAACAAGUUCAUGUUUCUAAGUGUUCUGCUCUCUGUUCCUCAGGGUACACUAAACUGCCAUUUAAAUGGUUCGACUACCUCAGAGAAGCAGGAUCAAUCGCUGCUCCUGUGAAGCUCUUCAAUAAGGUAGGAAAUGCAAGAUUAUUUACAAGAUUAUACAGCAUGUUUUUGACCAUCUCAUCACAAAUACAUGUAAAACUCAAGCUUCUUUAUGAUUUAGUGUCCCGUUUGGCCUCUUUAACGUCCUUUUUUGAUAUUUCACUUUUUACUUUUGGUAAAAGCCACAGUCACUUUUUUCUCACCCUCCUUCUACAUGGUUUAUGAUAUUUUGAGGUUCCUCCUCUGUAAUUUAGAAAGUGCUUGCAUCAGUGCUUCCACAUGUUUUUAUUUUUACUGCAUGUAAAUGACACACAUUCUUGUUAUUUACUGAACUCGCUGCGUUGCAUCUUCCAGGAGGUUCCCAAUCACGGUUUCCGGCAGGGUAUGAAGCUGGAGGCUGUAGAUCUGAUGGAGCCUCGGCUGGUGUGUGUUGCCACAGUGACGAGGAUUGUGCACCGGCUACUGAGGAUUCAUUUCGACGGCUGGGAGGACGAGUAUGACCAGUGGGUAGACUGCGAGUCACCUGACCUCUACCCUGUGGGCUGGUGUCAGCUGACUGGCUACCAGCUCCAACCGCCCGCCUCACAGAGUAAGCGAAGACACAUUCCGACUGAAAACACACGGAAACAAAAGCACCGUAUACUUUCAAGUUUCCAUAUUAGUUUUGUGUUUGAGUGAACCCUCUGUCCCUAUGUUUUGAUAUCCUUACUACCUGGAAUUCUUUUGAAAUUGUGGAUUAGACGUUCACUCUGCAGACGGACAUUUUAAAGGUUGUUUCAAUCUGAAUAAAUCAGUUUUUAUUUAUAUUUCUCCAAAUCACAACAGUUGUCAUCUCAAGAUGCUUGACAAAAAGAGCUGAUCUGGAUCAAACUUUGUAUGACAUUUAUUAGAAGACCCAACAUAAAGGCUGGAUUAAAUCCUAUCUCAAACAUAUGAGUGCAGCACUUCAGCACUUCUCUUUAUGGGUAGAAACCUUCAAAAUGUUCAAAUUCAACUUUAUUUUUAUUGCACUUUUCUGACAACAAAUGCAGUUCAAAGUGCCUCACAGAAGCUAAAAACAACAAUUAAACAACAAUAAAAUCCGACCCUCCCACCCAUGGACCCACACACACAGAGACACACAUCCACCCUCGCUCACUCACCCACACAUGCACACAGAGGCGCACACAGUGUGAGAAUUUAAGAUAUAUUGUUAAAGAGACGAGACAUUACAUUAGGAAAGAGCUACCUUUAGGAAACACUGGAGAUAAAAAUGAAAAUGGUAAAAAGAGUAAAACCUGCUGGACUAAAACAAGAAAAUAAUAUUAAAUGAACAGAUGAGUAAGAGCUCUUUACCAUGUAAAAAGGGGUAAAAGAAGUGAAAAAAAACUAUGACGGGAAUUAAGAAAAUGACUAAGAACAGAGAUAAUUAAUAGAACGACAUAAAAUAAACAAUAAGAACUUUGAUUAAAAUGAACAUUUGCAAUAAGAGAAAUAUAAAAAGGCAAUUAGUGACAAGCCUGGUUAAAACAGUGAGUCUUGAGCCUCUUCUUAAAAACAACAACAGAACCUUGAAGCUUUGUCAUCAUUUGGAAAAUCAAUGAACUGUAGAUUAUAAGUUAGUCACUUUUUUCACUUACCAAAGUUAUCAGCUACACUGUGCUGUCUCCCCUUUUUUGUCCGUUACACUCAGUGCUGUAUUUAAUCUUAGCCUGAGGUUUCUGGCAGUAUCUGUACCAUGAGGCCUGUGCUCAUUUUUCUGAGUUCACAGUCUUUGAGUCGAACUUAUCUGAAAAACUUCACGUUAUCUUAGCAUGAGGCCUGGGGUUUGACUUUGAGCUUUCAUGAUCAAAAAGUUCUUAAAGGAAUUAGCAGGUUCUAGGGGUGGGAGAAAAAAUCGAUACAGAAUAGUAUUGCGAUAUUUUGUCUGGUGAUAUAUCGUAUCGUCUCAUUGACCAAGUACCGAUUUUUCAAAGUAACUGUUAAUAUGAAGUCAAAUGUUAAAAAUCACAAUAAUAUCGUAUUGUGGCCCAAGUAUCAUGAUAAUAUCGUGUCGUGGGGCCACUAGUGAUUCCCACCCCUACUAGGUACCCACCUGUUCUUUUGAAUCAAUGCAUUGUAGGUUGUGCUGUCUGAUCUUCACCUCCGUAAAUGCCAUUCAUGCUGCUGUUCUCUAACGUCUCAGUUUCUUGUCUUUUGGCUUCCGUCAGGUAACAGAGAAAUGCCUCAAUCUGUGCCCAAGCAGAAGAAAAAGGCUCAGCAGUACAAAGGCCAAAAAAAAAGUGAGUCCUCUUUUCACUGUUAACGAACUUUCACCGCUCUCCUAUCCCUUUUCCGCUAUCUCCUUCCAACUGUCUCCAGUCGUACAACCUCUGCCGCUCUCUUAAUGGUCACCUGUUAAGUGUGUCUGCGAUACUCUCAUCUCUGACCUCUUCUGUCAGGUUACAGGAGUUUCUUUUCCCUCUUUGAGUGGGACUCUUAUUAAGACAUAGCCAGAAAAGUUUGACAAAGUUGUCUGAGAGGGUUAUGUAGAAGUUUUGUGAAACUUAGGGCUCAGGAAGAAGAAGACCUGGUGUCCAAAAAGUUAGUCACAAAUGCAGUUGCUAAUGCUAAAUCAGUGCAUUUUUUACAGACGCAAACAGUUUAUAUGGAAGUCUAUAGCUGCCAAUGUUAAAAUUAUUAAAUUCAGAUGAAUAGACGCUAAAUUUUCACAUCAUGUAUGACAAAUACAAAAGCAGACCAGUUGGAGAGACCAGUAGGGGAGACUGGGGUAAGUCAAGCCAAAGGGUAAGUUGAGCCACCCCCUGUUGCUUGGAAACGGUAAAAGAAAUUGAUCAUGUGACCAAAUAUUUAGGUUAGACAUUUGGUUAAAAAAAAAAAAAACAUUUUUCACUCUUUAAAGUGAAUUUACUCUGUCCAGUUUUAUUAAAAUUGUGUUCAGACCAAAAGAGAUCAUUUUAAAUUUGUUUUAUACAUCAAUUGUGGUAUUUAUGAGCUACAACAUGAGGUCAAAAACCAUUUUAGCUAAAGCAGUGGUUCUCAAGUCCAGUCCUCGAGGCCCACUGUCCUGCAUGUUUUGGAUGUUUUCCUGCUCCAACACACCUGAUUCAAAUGAUCAGCUCGUUAUCAAACUCUGAAAUGGCUUAAUAACGAGCUGAUCAUUUGAAUCAGGUGUGUUGGAACAGGGAAACAUCCAAAACAUGCAGGACAGUGGGCCUCGAGGACUGGACUUGAAAACCACUGGCUUAGAAGACUAAUAAAGUCACAAUAGUAGUUCUGGUAGUAGUAUGAUGCGAGGUGGUUCAACUGAGAAAGUAAAGGAGUCUGAUGAGAUGAUCAGAAUUCCAGUUCAAAAUGUUGAAAUGUCUUACUUUUUCAUUUCUAAAAUAAAGCUGUGAAUGUUCUGAAUCACUUAAAGACAUUCUCAUGUUAACAUGAUUUUUUACAAAACAGCUUUUUAGCAGUUAUAUACAAUAAUAAUAAUAAAAAGAAUUAUUGUACCAGUUGAAUAGCGUAUAAUAGAUAAAAAUACACAUGAAUGUGAAGAAGUGACUGUUAUUUAGGGAGAGAGAAGGUAGGAGACCACUUUCUUUUGGUGUGCACAACAUCUUGAAAUAUAUGCAGAUACACUAGUUAGAGACAAAACUAUGAUUGCCUUAAUGUAGUGAUCCGAAAUAUGAAAAAUGGCUCAUCUUACCCCGCUCUCCCCUACUGAUUAAAAAGGGGAAAAAGGCCAGAAAGACAGAGGCAAACAUGGGGAUACUAUCUCAAAAAAGCAAGUCUAUAAUGAUUUCGGAGAUGUGACUGAUCCUGAGAGCCUUAUCUUGUUCCAAAGUCGAGGGGCCCUGAUGGCAAAAGCUCAAUCUUCUUUAGUUUUAAGCCUCAACUUUGGAACAACUACCAGGUUCCCACGUGAGGAUCUGAGGCUGCAGACCUGCUCAUAAAGCUCCAACAGUUCUCCAGUGUAGCUCUGAGCCAAACCUGUAUGUUUGGCUUCAAAUCAAUCCACCUAGCUGUGUUUUUUUAAAAUGUUAGUUACAGUUCAAGAUCUCACUGAAGUUAACUUGAGUUGUUUUAUUUGUCAUACAUGAUGAGCGCUCAAAAAUGAACCAGUAUGAAUAUUUUCGAGCUCUAGACUAAGGGCAGGCUAAGGACUUCUGUGUAUCUGUUUCCGCUGCUGUGUGCGUGUUCUCUGGAGCUCCAGUAACCAUGGAGCGGCUCACUUGGGUCUGGUGGUGUGAUUACAGCUAACCAGGGGCUUAUUCAGAUGGGCAUCAUCAUCAUUGGUUGUCAAAUUACAAUUUUUACCCUCAGCUCUAACCUUUUUUGAACUUUCCUUCCCGACACAAAAUGUAAACACCAAGAAUACAUUCCAGCUGAAUUGAAUUGAACCCCUGUGUGUAAAAAGCCCCUGGUAGCUUACUCGAGUCUGGCUUGGUGUUUAGAGAGGAAGAUUCCGGUUGGUCGACGGCCCUUCAGUCAGGCAGGCAGGAGGAGGAGCAGCUUCUCAGGGGACGAAGAGCAGAGUCCGCCCCCUUACCCUGCCCAGGGGCCCACUCGGCCCCGACCCCGAACCCACCUCCACCAAACCCACAAAUCAGGUAACAUCUCACUAACGCUAAAACCAGCACAGCAGCGAGUUGUUUUCAGACUCAACGCUGUUUAUAACAGGAGGUGGACCUCUGAGUCCUGCUCACAGGACCUCGCUGUGGACCUGGAUGCUGCCGAUGCUGCAUGUUCUACUGUUAACUGUUCAUCGUCUUUGUGCUCACAUGAAUAUUGACUCACCUCAGAGAUUGUCUGCAGGAUUUACAGUUCUGGCAUUACAAGUGUUUUCUGUAUUCACUGUGAAGGAGCCAUAAAGCAUGUUUGUUUCAUGUUCUACAUUCUUUAAAGCAGUAACCCUGAUAUUCAAAUGCAUGUGAAGUUACAAAAAAUGAAAAAAAACAAAACAUUUUUUUUAAACCAGGGGUCCAUUUUUAAACAUCUUAGGGUCUGAAUGACUAAUAAGUACAAAUAUGUUUGUAGCUGCAAGAGUUUCCUUUCAAAAUUUUUGAGGAUCGUACAAAGGUUUCUAAAACCUUCCAAAAGUUAUUCCGGAUUUCACAAACGCUCCUCAUGAUUCAGUAUUUUCACAGAAUCUUUACAAACUCUUCUGUGAGUCUUGGAAAUGUUUCUUAAAAUCUUUCAAAAGUUCCUCAUAAUUUCACACAAGUUUUCGAUUCUUUUUCACUCUAACCCCCAAUUUCCACAGCAUCCAGAACAGCUUCGAAAAGGCUGUAUUCGCCAAUUGCAGCUGAUCAUAACUUUUUAAGAUAAUGUGUCAAUUUCCACCGGCUUCUUUCCGUUCCGCUGCGGAUCGCUGGACUCCGCAGCUGAUCGCAGGUUCUAUUUUUUCUGGACGCUGGAACAUGCAGGAUAAAUUCCGCACAGAUUAACCUGUUCUGGAAAGGAAGUUGGGCACAGACACAAAAUAAAACAUCCAGCUUCUUUUAAAACACUCCGUGUUUCAGGCGGAUCUGAUUCACACCAUGCAGAAAGGUAGGGAUGAACUAGUGAAAGGUUUAUAAACAGCAUUUCACCCCGAUGACUCCAUGGAUGAGAGGAUGCUGAUUCUAGAAGUCUAGAAGUAGAUUUCUACCUCUGGAAGGACACAAUCUACUGCUUUCAUGCUUAGCCUCUGUAGCUAAGAGACAACGUGUUAUCACGCGAUUGCAUGUGAAUCUGCGGUUCUUGUGAGAUCUCACGAUUACCGCUGUCCAUAAUACGUCACAAAAUUCACCUCACUAACAGACCCGGCAGGAAUUGGCGGAUGGCAAAAAUCGGUGCCAUUCCAGAUCUGAGCCGUUCUGGAAUGGGUAAAAAUUGGGGUUAACAGUAUUACAAAUUUACUUUGCACCUAGAAAACUUGAUCAAACUCUUACCAAAGUUUUCAGGAUUUCUUCAAAGUUUCUUUUGUUCCCGUAGACGUUUUUUGUAGACUUACUACCAUAUUUUGGGAUCUCGCAAAAGUUUUUUGGGGUGAUGUAAAAGUUUCUCGGGAUUUCCCAAAAGCUCUCAAGGGUCUUGCAAAAGUUUUCCACAAUCUUGCUGAAGUUUAUCAGGAUCUUGCUUUGAUCCUACAAAACUGUUCCAGCAAAAACUUUGGUAACUCUUUCUUUUACGGUACACUUAUUACCAGGUAAUUAACAGGUAAUUACCUAGUAACAACAUGAAAUUAUCUGGUAAUUACAUGAUAACUACAAAGUCAACACUGUCUAGCUACCAGGUAGGUAACCUUCCAUCAACAUACAAAUGUGAAGCCGAAUUGCUCUCGGUAUUUCCAGGAUUUUCUCCACUUCCUGGAACCACCACUUGCGCAGUAGCAUUGUACGCAUUCGGCGGGUGAGUCACUGUGAUGACGCUCGGCUCAAACAGCGUAUCGCUACGCAAUCUUCACACUCCCAUAGGCUGUAUCAAGUGUCAAUCAUAGAAAACAAGAACCCCAAAUAGCUUUUGAAAAUGGAGCUGCACAGAAAAAAGACAAAAAGAAAAACUAGACAGCAUUGACUUAGUAGUUAUCAUGUAAUUACCAGAUAAUUUCAUGUUGUUACUAGAUGUUCAUGUUGUUACUACCGAGAUGUUCCAGAGGUUAUUUGAGAUCUUGUUAAAGGUCACCAGAAUUUCACAGCUUUAUUUUAAGGAUAUUUGAAAGAUUCUCAGACAAAAUUUUUGUGGGAUUUGGCAGAAUCUGGCAAAUAUUUCUCAAGAAUCUGCAAAAUUUUUGUGGGAUUUAGCAGAAUUUUCCAAGGAUCUAAAAAAAGUGGUAAAUUUAUGCACUUCAUUUGGGAGCAUUUGUGCCAUAGUCAUUCUUGCAGCCUGUUUAAUUUCAAACCUUUUUCGACCUGUUAGUCAUUUAGACUCUAAAGUGUUCAAAAAAGGGCGGAGGUUUAAAAGGACCGAAUAACUCUUAAUCGUCUGCAACAAAGACAAAGGCUCCUUCAACAUUUAAGUCCCACUUGCAUGAACACAACUGGCUCAUCUGUGCUGCUGUUCUCUUUUAUCUGUGUCUGUCCCGCUCUGCAGAGUCUCUCCUACGAAUGAAAGAGGAGGCGGCCGAGGUGGACGAGUUCACCUUCUCACAGGGCACCUCAGACCAGGAGAGCAACGGCUCAGGCAGCUAUUACAUCAAACAGGAGCCCUGAGGUCACACGGUCAGGACAGAGCACGACGACAGGGGCAGGACAAAUCCCGGCGAGGAUCAGGAACACACAGGGAAUCAAACUGGCCUCCAAUCACACUCAGACCAACAACGCAGGCCUUCUGUGGAUGGCAACAGGAAAAGGGGAUGUUUUUACAGUCCUGAAUUAUCCUCAAGGAAUACCCCCCCGAACACUUUUCCAACUUUGUAGCUGUGUGUGCACGUAAUCAGUCACAAAAUGUGCACAGUGGAAGGGUUUGAAGGCGCCCAGGGUCGGGCCUGGGUAACACACGUUUGGGCAUUCUCACCCGCAGAUGAAGCAGUGUGAUUCUUCUCCUCGUAAAGUCUGACAUCCAACCAGACAAGAUAUCUGAUGGAUAAAAACAACAACAACAACAACAACCUUCUUUUUCUACAAAUAUGGGGGGGGUCCUGCGAGUCGACAUCAGCUCACCCUGCCUCUGCCACAAUCUGGGCCGCGCACAGAGACCUGUAGAAACUGUGAGAACCAUUUAUUGAGCCAGGUCUUUAGGUUUUCGUUUGCGUUUCUGUUUUGUUUGUUCGUUCGUUUUCAGGUCAGAGAGUCAGCCACUGAACGGCCUGAGGAGAGAGGAGAGGCUGGCAGGAAGAGGAACACAGCUCUGUAUAUUUUGAUCCUUAUUUUCUUCUGAACAUAUUGCCAGGUGGACUUUUACUUUGUUAAUAGUACUUGAAGUUUCUUUGUUUUGUUCAUUUAUUUUGUAAUGAUUUCAAGUUGUCAUUUUUUUUUUUUGUAAUUAAUGUACUUAUUUUACAUUUACAUUUUCGGUGGCCGUGUGGGAAGGUUGAUAUGCGUUGUUUCAAAAAAAGUGAUUAUAUUCAUAUAGUAUGUGGAGACUUAUUCAAAUAGAACUACAGAGUACAGAUAUUAAGGAUUUGAAAUUUUGAAGAGACAGAUGACUAAAAUGCUGCUCAGCAUUUCUGAUAUUUCCUGUUUUUCCUUUUUUUGUGUUCUGGCCUGAAGAGCUCCACAGCUGCAUUUAUUUACGACGAAACAUUACAGACCCAAAGACUCAUACAAGUUUGAGUUAUCAGGUCAGAUAUACACAACGACGAAGAAAAGCUGCCUUAAUCCAGUGGUUCUCAAGUCCAGUCCUUGAGGCCCACUGUCCUGCAUGUUAUGGCUGUUUCCCUGCUCCAACACACCUGAUUCAAAUGAUCAGCUCGUUAUCAAGCUCUGUAACGAGCUGAUCAUUUGAAUCAGGUGUGUUGGAGCAGGGAAACACUUGAGACUUGAGAACCACUGCCUUAAUCUAACUUUAAAAAACUGAACGUAUUGGGCUUUUUUAAAACUUAAAAAUGGUUGUUUUUGAGCGUUAGGUUGUUUUGUCCGCUUGUCCUUUAAGAUGUAAUCAGACCAAACAGAUAUAAAUAUAAUACAGAGGCUCAAAUGGACGAGGAGUUUAUCCAUAAGGCUUAAAUUAAACAAAUCUGUGGCAUGCUUAAUAAAUUCUUACCAUUUAUGUGCAGAUACAACAUUAGUGUUUUAAAACUUAGAGCUCACAAGGUUAUAAGGCACUUAAAUGAUCCCAAUGUGUGACCUGCCAUCAGAAAAGGUCAAUUUACCUCUUUUUUGAAUUUUUUCUUUUUUUUUGCAAUCAGGAAUAUUUGCAGGUUUUCUUUUACCAAAAUGUAUUCAUACAAAUGAUCCCUCAGUCAAAGUGGUGUGGGUGAAUUGGGGCCAAUGUUUCAGUUUUUUCCUGGACACAAAAUCUGUUUGUUUUUUUUUUCAACUUUAUUGGAGGAAUGUAAAAACUUUAAAUUUUUAAAAAAUCUUUAUUUGUUCAUAAUAGACUGAUGCUGCAGCUUAAAACUCGCUGCUACAUCUACAGAAGUUUUCACUGUCUAACAGCUGUUGGGUGACAGUGUUGCUGUGAUUGAAUGGCCACGUUAACUAUUUACAUCCCUCCUACAGCUGUUGGCUGAAACUUCACCUAAUUCUUGUUUUUUUUUAUUUUAUUUUUUUAUUUGAAUUGACAAAAACUCUCUAACAUUCCAGUUUGCUGUAUUUAAGUUGUAUUUGAAAAUGUAUUUCCUCCAUUUGAAAGCACAAAUAAUGACCUCCUCCAAAACUGGGACCUUUUUAAUCAGCCUAUUUCUCCAUACUAUUGGUUACCCAGGCCAGUUGUCAAGAUAUAACCAGACAAUUGUAGCCCCUAUGUAAUAACAAAAAGAGCCUUUGUAGAGAGGCAGCAGUUCUUAUUCAUAAUAUAUUAAUACCAGGGUCUUUGUGCUGUAAUGUUGAACAGAAAUGAUGAAGCUGUGGAGGUAAAAAAAAUCUUUCCUUGUUCAUUUGAAAAAGUACCUAAGUUUAAAAGAAGAGAAAUAAACGAGCUUAUUGUGACUGUAAAUGAGCAGCAGGGUAAAACGGAGAAACCUUACUGGUAUGAUAGGGUGCACUCUCAUAAGUUAGUCCCACUAUCCAACCCUACAACACCGAGUUUGACCUCUUACUGUUUGGAUGGAGAAAACAAAAGCAGACAGUUUUUACUACGUCCUCUGGAGUUCUGUGGAGUCUGGAGUGUGCCAGUGGAAUAAUCGGACACAAUCUUUGCCCAGUUGUUGAAAUUAACGCUUUCAAAGGCAAAUUAAAGGGGACAGCGGUCUACCUAGUUUGUGACGUAGCGGUCGUGAGUUCCAGCAAAAAUUAAGAAAUUGACUAGUGUUGUAAGGGAAGUGACGAAGAUUAAAGAAUCCUUUCACAAUAAAAUUUUUUUUAAGGUUCAUUUUUGAGCGAGUAAUGACAUGCAGGAAAGGAGCCACAGCCUGUCUGUGUAAGUGUGGCGCGCUUAGACUGUUAAGCUAUCUGCGCUUUGAUUAUUUUGCAGUAAAAAAAAAAUUGCUGUUAAGUCAGAGGAAUUUUUCAGAGAUGUUUCAAAAAUAAAGCUAAAAUUAUUAUUUUUUAAAAUUUUAACUGUAAAUGUUUCCUCAUACUUUUACACAUUUAUUCUUACAAUGCAGAAAUAACUAUAUACAUUAUUAUUCAAGAUAUCCUUCCGAUAAAAUUUUACAAUUUUUUUUCAUAUAAUAAAGAAAAAUCUAAACCAGUAAGAUGAAAAUAUUUAUUAUCUCAUAGGUGGUCCCCACCAUAUAUUGGUCCAUGAUUUUGGGACUGAAAAUAUAUUAGAAAAAAAAAAUAAAAAUGUAGUUUAAAAUUCUCAGUUAAAUAAUUUAAUUAUUUCAAAUGCAUUACCUCAACAAAAACUCAGUUAGCAUCUGCAAUUCAAAGAAAAUCCUAAAAUUGAGAACAACUGAACAAAGUCAACGUGGCACACUCCAGACUCCAUACAUAAGCGUGUCAUUGUGGCACACUCCAGCCUCCAUAGUUCAACAUGCUUAGAGUCAACCUUGUGUUUUCUGUCAUUCAGAGUAAGAUGUUAGACACCUGUUAUAUUGAAAGAAAAACUAAAAACAAGCUUUGGUUAAAACAGUCUCAUGUCUAAAGAAAAAAAAAAAGAAUAUGUUAAAUAUUUUAUUAAGAUCAUAUGCAAAGCGUUAAGUGAUUUUCUAAUGCGAUGGUUGUUCUCAUGUCAGAGCCAUAUGUAUGCAAGCUAGUUAAGAAUUCACCUGAGCCACAGAAUAACAGGUUUGUUAUAUGAACAAUGCACUGCUUUUCCAAUAGUCUCUGAGGGCAGCAUUAGACGACACAAGACGACAGAAUCUAGAAAGUGGCGUAAAUACAUAGAUUCUAUAUAAAUAUAUCUAUAUAAAUAUAUUCUUCAUGACUCUGAUGGUAUGGAGUAACAAAUCCUGAUUAGUCAGUAAACACAGACUCCUUUCAUUCUUCGUAGAGCUAGAUUUUUGCAGCUGUUUAUCUACUACCUCCUGAUGCUAGCCACGUUUAGCUAAAAUAAUGGUGUGACAUAGACUAUGGCAGUGUGUUAGCAUAUGCAAAUGACAAAUGAUGACUUAAAAAUGAUCCACUUGAAGACUAGACACCAAACAUGGAAGAAUUUUUAUCACAGCACAUGAGGUAGUCUUCUAAUUUGAGUGAUGCAAUAAUAAUAUAGAUCCCAUAUUAUUUUGCUAUGUUAAAUGAAAUCUUAUAGCACCCUCAAAUGUCAUGAUCACUACAUUAAUAUAAUUAACAUAUGAGAUAAUUUAACAAAAUGGUAUUGUAUAACUGUGAUUUUUGUGAUUAAGGGUUCAUUUACACAGUACUCAGUGUAACGCGGAGCGGAUUAAAACUUCUUAGUGUCGGUAAAAUAAAUUAAAAAAAAAAGAUCCAUAAUUUCUCUUUCUACCAGUAAGGUUCAUGACUCAACUCUCAGGAAGUUUGUGUUUCUUUUUUGGGUUUUAAAGGUUGUGACUACAAAUCUGAAUCAGCUGGGUUUGAAAAGCUUAACGGUGUUUUAUUGUGUGCAUCUCUCACAUGGAAGCGAAAAGGAGCUUUAAUGAUUGGUGUAAGGAACUGAAACUUGUAAAAAUCAUAACAAAGUGGGUGCUCAAAACAGAAGCGAUUUAGAAAUCAGAGAAAAAUGUAUUAACAGACAGAAACGAUAGUGAUGCUUUUUUUACUGCAUAUAAAGGUAAUCUGGACCAUCACCACAGGACUGUUUAUAUCUAAUGCUGUGAUUUUUAAAGCCUGUGAGAGAGGGUAGGUGUCAGACAAGCCCCUUAACAGCACAGUAAAGAACCAGUUUUGUCUACUUUUUUUCACCGCAAAUAUUCAUGAUGAGCGACUGUUAAAAAAAAAGAUACCAUUAUUUUGUAAGCAGGGUUAUUACAGGUAACUUUGUGCCACAGGGGCUGCCAAAAUGGUCACAAACAGGAAGUUCCUCACAGGAGUUUUGAUUAAAAACUUUUUUUUUUCAUUACUUUGAAAUAUGUGAUUCUUUUAGCUAGCCUCAUUUUGUAUUUUUAUAUUUUAAAGUUGAUGUAAUACCCAUUUUGGCCACAAGAGGCAGAGACACACCGACAAGGUCACCUUUCAUAUUUAUUUCAUGCACUUCAGAAAUAAAAAUCCCUCUGUUUCUAAACUAAUAAGAUCAUUAUCUCAGAAUUAUGUCUAAUUUUUUUUACAAAUAAAGUUUUCUGCCCUUUUUCUCUAAAUUAACAGAAUAUUUUUCUCAUUCGUUUUGAAAAAACAGCUUUUCUUGCGGCAGAGACAAUGACAAACAUCAAAACAUAUUUACUUUGGGGUUUUAGGAUGAACUUACACGUCAAAUUUGACACUUGCAAUUUUUUUUAAAUUUAAAGCUCCUGUGAGGAACUUUCAGUUUGUGUCAAUUUUGGCGCCCCCAGUGGACAAAUCUUGGUACAUUUUGUCAUUUUCAUAUUAAAGUAUAAAAAUCUCAUCCUGCUGACUUUUGGCACUCAAAUCUUUUUUUAAUGAGGCUGUAUCUUCAGCUGACGUCUGCCGCCUCACAUCAGUUUUAGCCGUUACGACAUAAGUAUCGUCAGUCUUGUCCCCGAUGGUCUAAUUAACGUUUGUAUGUCGUGAAAAAGCAUCAGUGGGUAAAUCACAGCUACUCACAGGACCUUAAAAGAAACGAAACCAAGUGUAAAGUUCAAGUUUAUUCAAAUCUCAGGCAUUUGGUUCUUCCUAGAGUCCAAUAAUUACAGACCUUUUUGCUUCCAUGUGUUUCACUCGACAAAAGUCUUAUCUCACUUUCCUUCAGUGUAUUUGUGUCAAGAUUUUGUAGCUCUUUCACCGUCUUAAUGUUAAACUCUAUUGAGUAAUUGCUCAAAAACUUGUAUGUUUCUUGCAUUUUUUUUUCUUUUUUUUUUUUUGUGGUGUAUUUUUGCUUUUUGUAUCUUUGUAUUCUUUUUCUCUCUAGACGGGAUGUGAGAUUGGUUUGCUACCAGUUUUUUUCUUGUUUAAGAUUUGUCUCCUGAUUCAGAUUGGAUAAAAGCUCAGCAGAAAGCUUUUAAGACCAAACGAGCAAUAACACACCCAGUCUCACAAUCAUUUUAAGCAGAUCACGUUCAGGUUCGAUCUGUGGUGGGAGUUUAGUUUUUCUGAUACACAAAACGAAGCAUUAAAGUACUUCAUGACCAAACUGCAUUAAUACCUUAGUACAAAAAAGUAAAAGAGUAAAAAAGACUGUUGAUAAACUAACUGCUGCUACCCUCUAGAUUAACCCUAAAAAGUCAAAUGCACAAUCAACACUGUUUUGGAUCUUGCGUUUCUCUCUUUUCCUUGUAGAUAUGAACCCUUCUUGUUUCACCUUGAUCCCUAAAUCUUAAAAAUGGAACAAGUUUCCCUCCAUCCACGGGUAGCUGUGUAUUUAGAGUCUGAGCAUCAGUAGCUGCAGGUGUAUUGGUUGGGGUUUGGGUGCACUGAUCAACAGAAUGCAUGUAGAGCAGAACGCGUUGUGCCGAUGUCGUGCUGAGCUUGUGUUUUUUUGUUGUAACCGUCAUUGGUUGUUCUUCAGUCUGUCUGUGUUUUUUCCUCCUCCACUGUGAUCAGGAAAUGUAUGGAGGCCCAUGUCUGCCAAAAAAAAUCGAGAGGAAGAAUUUUAAAGAUAUGCAUUAUUAAAAAUCAAACAAAAAAAAAAACAUCAAAGGCUUACAACAAUUUUGGCUCAUUGAGUUGAAAUAAUCUUUACUUUUAUAUCAAAAAUGUUGAAGAAGCUUUUUUUUUUUAAUCAUGUAGAUCUUUAAAAUGUGGUGGUAAUGAAUUAUAUUGACAUGGCAGCCAUUUUUCCAGCAUGCUCAGGUGUGGCGCUCAAAUGUUGUUACAAUGUCGGUGCUGAGAAACAGAUUAUAACCUCAAGCUAACAGAAAGCUGUCACGAUUUUAAUGAGCAGCGUAAAAGACGAUACAUAGAAAAAUUUGGGAGGACACGGGUUGUAACUUAUAGCCAGUUAACCCCCCUAACAUUAGCAUCCUAGCGAAUAAAGCGAACAAAAAAGUCUGAAACUUCUAGCUCAGAGUAAUGUUAGUCAUGAAGUUGGAAACAAAGUGAAGUUCAGGUCAGUUUUGAACCGUUUAUGACUGUUUAUGUUGUUUUUUUUUAAUCAUUGAAAUCAGCUUUAAAUGCUGCUUAAAUAUCACAGUGCGCUGUUCGCGAAUGUGGACAAUCUAACAUUACUUUUUUUUUUGAUUGCAUUAAUGAACCGUUUACAUUUUCAGGGUCACAUUUUGAGUUAAAAGAACAUAAUCCAUUCAUAACAAAAAACUCUGAUUACAGUCAGUGUGGCUUAUUUUUCCGACUUCAUUUUUCUGAGACUACAGAUACUUCAGCAUAGGAGUUAAAACCAAUCAUUUAAAAUCGUAACAGUAGUAAAUAUCAUUCGAACAGCGUCCGAAUUUCUCAUUUGGAGUGUGUUGAGGAAAAUAGCUGCUGUGUGAAUAUGUUGAGCGGGCUUCCAUUGAGGGUACUUGGCUGAGGCGUCACCUGAGCAGGUGUUUCCUCUUGCAGUGCAGAGGAGCAGGCUGGAUACUUGUUAUUUUCUUGGAUACUAACACGGGUCUUUUGUAUGUGAUUAUCCCCCCCAUUAUAUUAAACCAUUAUAUCGUGGUGCUAUAUAUAUUUGAUAAAAAUGACUAAAUGUAUUGGGUUUGCUAUUGUCUGAAAAUAAUUGUGAGUGGAGAGGGUUGUUGUGAAAAAUUUAUUUUGGAUACAAAUGAAAAAAAAAAAUCUAUGUUAAUAGUUAUAAAUCUAUUGAUAUUAACACUGACCCCUGAGGUACAUUAUUAGAUUGCAGUUUAAAGUUUGUACAUCUUUUUGAUAGUGUAUACCAGUUUCCUUUCAUAUGGUAAAUUUGUGCUGUGAUCAAGCUUUGAUAGACUUUGUAAAUAAAGCCAAAUGUUUGGAUCAUACUAUCGGUUGUUAUGAACGGCUUCUUUGUUUACAAGCAUUGCAAACUGUUUCCGCAUGGCUGUGAAAGUUUAUCUGGUGAUUUUUUUGUAAGAUCUGACUUUUACACUGAAUAAAAAGGCUUAUGACUUCAAA